AUGGUCUUUACUUCCGCACCAUGGUGCCGGGACCUAGUUGUCUCCCCCUCGGAGACGCAGCUGGUAGGCGACUUCAUGCUUGAAGGCGUCGGCGAAAAGUUCGAGGGGAAGCCUAUACUAGUCUGUGCCCAGACUGGGAGGUCAUAUACCGUCCAGGAUCUCGAGUAUCGCGUGACCAUGUUGGCACGAAGCCUAGCACAAGUGUUGGGAUGGAAUCCAAAUGAAGGUUCUCCAGAGAAUAAGGUUGUAGGAAUCUUGGCCUUUAACGCAAUGGAUUUUGUACCUCUGUCAUGGGCGAUUCACCGCAUCGGCGGCACAUGUCUCCUCCUACACCCCACGUCCUCGGCUAUCGAGAUUCAGACCCUGAUGCGCAAAGCCAACUGCCACGCACUCUUCACUUGCCGCAAACUGCAGCCUGUCUGUGAAGCGGUGUUUACGGCUUUGAACCAAGAUCUGGCGCGAUUGUUUUUGCUCGAAUUGGCUGGCGAUGAUGCCACACCGGCAGCCCUGAAGACCGUCUCCCAAUUGAUUGCGGAUGGGGAGCACCUGCCGGCAUUAGAGCCUGUGGCCCUCCAGGCUGAGGGGACCCAAGAUCGCCUCGCUUAUCUCUGCCCGACGAGCGGCACCUCCGGGUACCAGAAAUUGGCGCAAAUCACCCAUGCUAGUGUGGUUGUCAAUACCCUCCAGGCCAUCACACUGGACACUUAUGCUACCGGGCCCAAACAAGAGGUCGUCCUGGGGAUUCUUCCUUUGACCCACGCCUUUGGCCUGCUUAUGCUGCACGUGAUGAUAUGCCGUCGCGAUACAACAAUUCUGCACGCGACCUUCGACAUGCAGGCUGCGCUGCGGACUAUCCAACAGUAUCGGAUCGAGCGAUUAUACUUGGUUCCCGCGAUCUUGGCGGCCUUGGUCAACAACCCAAUCUUAUUCAAGAUGGCCGAUCUAUCGUCCGUGCAGUCGGUGGUAUGUGGGUCCGCGCCCUUGAGUGCCGACAUGGUGCGCGCCUUGAAACAAAUUCGCCCCGAUUGGAAUUUACUCCCUGGUUACGGAUUGACCGAAGCGGCGGUGUUUGUCUCAUGUACCAGUCAACACAGCAUCUUCCCCGGCUCUGUGGGAAGCUUGUUGCCGCAGGUGCAGGUGCGGCUGCUCGAUGCCGAUGGAGCCGAGAUCCAGGACUACGACAUGGCCGGCGACCUGUAUCUGCGAUCACCCAGUGACGGGUGGCUAGUGACGGGCGAUGUAGCGUGCAUGAGGCGGAACACUGACGGCGAGGAACAUCUGUUUAUCGUGGAUCGGAAGAAGGAUAUCAUGAAGGUCAAGGGCAUCCAGGUGGCGCCGGUUGAGAUUGAAGCCCAGCUCUUGAACCACCCAGCAGUGGACGAGGCCGCAGUAUUUGGCGUGCAGCACGACGAGGCCGGCGAACGCCCAUUCGCAUUUGUGGUGCGCUCGCGUCAGGUAAACACCGAGAUGGACGAGCAGACACUCCGAGAGGCCCUCGCCGCACACAUUCAAGAUACCCUGAGUGAGCCAUUCUGGCUCCGGGAGAAUAUCCGGUUCCUGGAGGCGAUCCCCAAGAGCCACAGCGGCAAGGCUCUGAAGUUUAAGCUGAAAGAGUUGGUUUAA